AUGGAAUCAGCCCCUGAUAAUCCAAACUCCGUGCCUGCAGCAACUAGUGGCUCUCGCUCCAAGCUUCUCUCAACAGGUCUUAAAGACAUCUUUAGUAAACCUGCUCUCAAGCAUCCACAAAAGGCAUUUACUGUACAACUUUGGAACGCGGAACAGAAGGCCAACCCUACUGGUAACAGCCCACCUCCACGACUAGUAGCCGGUCAGCAAAGAGCAGAGAUGUCGACUUCAGCCAGUGGACAGGCUACGGGGGAUAUCGUGAGCAGCGCGAACUCAGGAUUUCCCAAGACGAGCGAUGCGCCGGGCGAGCAAUUUGAGCCUAGACAAACGGCUACGAGUGAAGACUACGAGCCAGACCCGAGCAAGAGCAUCAAGUUGAGCCCGCAGAGGCAAGCGUUAGUCGACGAUCCCACCGUCCAACGCGUAAAACGCUACACACCCGACUGCGUGUACGACGACCAAUUCGUCUACGCAAAUGACCGCUAUAAGAUGGCGGGCCAAUGGUUCGCGCUCCCCAAACUCUUCAACGCCUCCAUCAACGAGUCCUACCAAGUAAUCCGCUCCGACGACGAAGUCAUCCAGUUCAAAAACAAGCAGUCCUGGACUUUCCGUCUCAUUCCCAAGACCGCUACUAUUACAGGGUUAGUGAGCUUGAGCUUGGAUCCCGCGACCAAGGACUCGGAGUUUAUGCAGAUCAAGUAUCAUAAAGAUCAGGCGAAUGAUAAGGAUUAUAGUCAUGAAGGAAUGGGCUUUAGCUUUAAGAAGUGGCAGGCAGAUAACGUGGUUAAGCAUAUGGAUGCGCCGGAGCUGAAAGAAUUUGAACAGGAUAAGGGGGCGAACAAAGAGCAUGUCAGGAAAUAUGGAAGUGGGAAGGAGGAGGGUGAGGCGCCGAAGAAGGAUUUCACAAACUAG